UAUUCAGCUGUGAAGAAAAACAAAAACCAUUUUCUUGACAUUUUGAAAGUGAGAUCAUGUUUGCCAAGAGUCCACGCAUACGCCGAAACGUACUGCUCUCCAAGCAGGGCGAGGAUUCACCCCGCUCCGUGAAGGGCUCGCCCAGACUUCCAUACAACAAGGCGCUCCUUGGGGCCCAAAUAAAGAAACGACGCGCCCAGGUCAACAGUAAGCUGCUGGGCGCGGACAACAAGGAAAAUGUGCAGCUGCUGAAGUUGCCGAGGGCUAUCAUGCUGACGCCUUCGUCGUCGGACAACUCGCUGAGCGCCAGUGUGUCCACAUCUGGCGUGCCUGUCUACAAGGUGCAGCCCAAGCCGGAGAGACUGAGGGAGGAGAAUAUCGAGCCGACGACAAAGCCGCAGUCCAAGACGGAAGCACUGCCUCCAUAUCUGACGCUGAAGCGACAACAGACGGCGGCCAUGCUGAACUAUCGAGCACGCAAGUCCGUGUCCCAGAUGGACUUCAAGGAGGCCCGGCGCACCGGAAACUAUCAACUGGUGGCCCAUGUGCCCAGCUCGAACGCUCUUGUGCCGGCUCAACCUGACCAGCAGCAGCAGACGGGUCAGCUUACUAUCAAGAACGAGCACCUGACCCAACUGCUGCUGCAGGGCACCUCGCAGCUAGGCAGCACUCGCUUCGUGAUCAACGGGGACCAGGACUUGCGCGUCGCCAGCCUGCGCAUCUUCAACACCAUCAUGCUGCGCUCCUGGCGGCGCAGGCGGCAGGAAGUGCGGCACCUGACCGAGCAGGUCGAGGACUUCAAGCGCAAUUUUGUCAAGAGCCGCAACCAGCUGCACGUGUACAACACGCUGUUCGCUGUGGAGAAGCGCCGCAACGAGACGCUGAACGACCAGCUGAAGCAAUCCUACAUGGAGAGCGCUAAGACAAAGUUGUCCUACAACGAACUGACCUUGCUGCUCAGCCAGACCAACGAGGAGAAGCAGCAGAUGGCCAAGGACAACGCCUUCAAGGCGCAGGAGAUCGAAAACCUGCAAGAGAUGCUGCAGGCGACCAAGAAGGAGCUCUUCCAGGCCAACACACUGCAGCGGGAGCAGCUGGAGCAGCUAGCGCGCGUUCAGAUCGAGUGCCAGGGAGCCAAGUUCGACAUCGAGGAGCUGACCAGCCAGCUGCAAUCGCUGCGACUCGAGCUGACCCAGAAGCAGGAGUAUGUGGAGAAGCUGCGCGAUGACAUUGCCCUCGUUGCGGAGCAGCUGAGGCUGUCCAACUCGAGCCUCGUCGAGUACAAGUGCAAAACAGAGCUGCAUAUCAGCAAAUUGAUGAAGCACACUGAUGAGCUCGAGAAAGAUAUCAAGGAGAAGGAGGAGCAAAUUCAGACCCUGCAGAACUGCCUCGCCGCCACAGUGGGUCACCGCAUUCGCCAGUGCUUCGCCCAGAGCCAGGCCUACCAGCAGGCCACCUUUCGGCUGAUGCACCUCGUCGCCUACUGCAUGCUGCCCGGCACGCCACCCCCUGCUCUGCCCAUGGCUUCCAUUCCGGGUGCUGUCAAGAAGCUGCGCGGCCUCUUCCCGGGCGGCUCGAAUGGGUCACACAAGCUCAAUGCAAACCAAAAGUAG